AUGGCUGAAGAAGAACACACCUUUGAGACCGUCGAUGCUGGUUCCUCCCUUACCUACCCACAACAAUGUUCUGCCUUGAGAAAGAACGGUUUCGUCGUUAUCAAGGGUAGACCAUGUAAGAUCGUUGAUAUGUCCACCUCUAAGACUGGUAAGCACGGUCACGCUAAAGUUCACUUGGUUGCUCUAGAUAUCUUCACCGGUAAGAAAUUGGAAGAUUUGUCUCCAUCUACUCACAACAUGGAAGUCCCAUUCGUCAAGCGUUCUGAAUACCAAUUGUUGGAUAUCGAUGACGGUUACUUGUCUUUGAUGACCAUGGAUGGUGAAACCAAGGACGAUGUCAGAUUACCAGAUGGUGAAUUGGGUGACGCUUUGCAAUCUUCUUUCGAUGAAGGAAAGGAUUUGAACGUUACUAUUAUCACUGCCAUGGGUGAAGAAUGCGCUAUUUCCUUCAAGGAAGCUCCAAAGUCUGAUUAA